AUGCCAAAUACUGCCGGCACCCUCCACGUCGACCUGAAGCCAUGCCUUGCCGAGCUCCUGCGCACCUUCAUCCACCCGCCAACGCUGCUCCUCCGAGUCGAGCACGUAUUUGGCAAGGCGCAGGCAGGUAGCCGUAGGAACGCCAGGGUCGGCCACAUCGCGAACCAGCCUCACCACGGCGAUCGUCCGCUGGAAUUCCGAAUUCAAGCCCCUCCCGACGACAGUGACAGUGACGAGGAAGUUCGCCCUGCAUGCAGUCUCCGCCUGGCACUCUCGGAUGGAGUCCUGCAAAUCCAAGCGGUCCUAGCCCUAGCGAAGCUGCAGCGCCAGCACACAGACCAGCUUCUGGAGUUACGACCGGGCGACCUUGUUGAAGUAGGGGCCUUUCAACUUAGAAGCGCAGCUCGACUCAACGGUCAAGGCAAGGUGAUUUACCUUGGAGUACAACAUUGUGCGUGGGUUGGGAGGGGUCAGAUAGCCGAGCCGCCAUUCGAGCCCGAAUCCGCAUCCGAAAGAGAGGGUGGCUUCAUCCGCGAGGGCGAGGACGAGGACGCCGAGAUGACGAGAAACAGACAAAAGACGGCGAUGACGGGCGUGUCUGGUCUGACCCGAAGUUCCUCGAAUCUCAGCACGUCGGCUAAACGAGGUGUCGAGGACGACGGUGGUGGCCGUGGUGUCUCGAAGAAAAGGUCAACAAUGAACCAACGAUCCAAGGGGCCGAACUCAGCGUCACACCGACGUGAAAAUGCAGACGGCGACGAGUCUGAGGACGAUUGGUUCGAGACGAUUCCCGUGUCUCAGUCACAGGUCGAAAACCGUCGAGAAAGCCUCCGCAGGAUGGAGCGUCAAGUACAUAUGGGGACGGCCACAAGCCCUGUUGGCGGCGUGGAAGUAGAAGGCGAGGUAGAAUCGGAGGAAGCAUGGUGUGGUGCAUUGCCCACCUUGGACGGAAGGCGUGAUGACCAACAGAAAACCAACUUCAAUCAGGGUGAGGAUUUCAGCGACAGCGAUGCCGGCCCUGCUAGUCGUAUGCUGGAACCGCAGCACCAGGAUCAAGAUCAAGUUCACGCCCAAGAGAAAGACCAAGAUCAAGACCAAACUCAAGCCCAAGCUCAAGAGUCGACAAUCAUCAGACAUGGUCCAUCGCCUUCGUCCCUCAUCUCUUCCGCUGCACCACUCCACACACUAGGCUCGCUCAUCCAGCAGGCGGGUUCGACUCUGCCACAGCGCAACUACCGCUGCACCAUCUUCGGCGUGAUCAGCUGGGUGUCAGCCUCGAUCAUCCACAAGCCGAACACUCCGUAUCCGCCCAAGCGGCACGUCAAAGUGCAUGAUGCGAGCAUUUCGCAUCGACAGGCGGGAGUCACGGUCGCCGUGUUCGUCGACGCCAAAACCUUCAUGCCUGAGGUCGGCACUGUGGCGUUGCUCAGGGGCGUGGUGAUGCAGCGAUACCAAGACGACGUGAUCUUGAACAAGUACGAUGCCAGUUCCAGUUCCGGUUCCGGGACCCGGACAACGGAGGAUGUCGAUGUCGAUGUCGAUGUCGAUGUUGACGUCGCUGACACCCAGGGCUGGUUCGUCAGCGACCCGAAGAGCUUGGUCGAGGCCGGGUUGGAUGUGCAAGGCAUGAAGGACUGGUGGCAGGCGAGAGUGACGAAGAAGAAGGGCUGA